GCUACCCUUCAGACUGCAUAUCUUGUGGCUCAUGAGCCUGACGAUGACAAUAUUCUAAGAACCCGAACUUAUGAUAUCAGCAUCACGUAUGAUAAGUAUUAUCAAACCCCUCGUGUGUGGCUCACUGGAUAUGAUGAGUCAAGGAUGCUUCUGCAACCAGAACUUGUACUUGAAGAUGUCAGUCAAGACCAUGCACGUAAAACGGUAACCAUUGAAGACCAUCCACAUCUACCAGGAAAACAUGCUUCGGUACAUCCAUGUCGACAUGGGGCUGUCAUGAAAAAGAUCAUUGAUGUUCUGAUGUCACGGGGAGUUGAACCAGAAGUUGACAAGUACCUUUUCCUAUUCUUGAAAUUUAUGGCUUCCGUCAUUCCGACAAUUGAAUAUGAUUACACCAUGGACUUUGAUCUUGGUAGCAGCAGCACCUGAAUUAAGAGAUGAAUAUGUGUCAUGCCGGAGACCCUAGCGAUGAUGCGUCUUUUCAUUUCAUCCAACCUGUGAUCAGUGUUGCUUGUACAGUUUGUACAUAGCAUUAUUAGCUCUAAUUCUGAAAUAUGUGGUGCAUAUGCUUAUCAGCAGCUUCUUGUUUAUUUUACAUUUAGUAAGACGAAUUUGAUCUUAAUUCUGAAUGUAAAUUUGCACGAUUAACUUAAAGGUUGAAACUUUUUAUUAGUUUUUAUUAAGGUAACUGAACGAUAACAACA